AUGCCCCCGACACGCCCCCCGACAACGGGCUACGAACGCCUCGCCCAAGCCGAUGCCCUCUCCUCCGACUCGGACGAUGAAGACCCCCUCUCUCAUUCUUCUGCCACCCUUCAGCCCGCCUCGGCCCCUCGCUUCGCCCCAAUAACCCAACCGCGUCCCCGGUCCGGCAUGGUCACCCCGAAAGGGUACCACCGAGAUCCCACGGCGCCCUCGUCACAGACGCGCCCACGUCCCCGCCGCCGCGUCGGCUCCGGCUCCGGUGUCGAUCUCAAGGCCAUCAAUGCCCGCCUCGAGCGCUGGGCCGACGAGAUCGCCUCACGUUUCAAGCGCUCCCGCGCCCAUAACAAGCAGCCCGGCGAGGACGACCGCCUCGAGAUCCACCACUCCGUCUUCCAGCCCCCGGAAGGCGUACGACCUCUCACUGCCGAGGGGCUCGCUGAGCCUCAGCCCGUCAUGUCGCGCGCCGAGUUUGAAGAAAUUGUCGGCAGUGUGCGCACCGCUAUCGCUCAAGGCGUUCAUCCACGCAUGAUAUCACAGGGCAGCUCGGGGAGUUACUUUGCACGGAAUCCCGAGGGCAAGAUUGUCGGUGUUUUCAAGCCCAAGGACGAGGAACCUUAUGCUGCUGGCAAUCCCAAAUGGAACAAAUGGAUUCACCGCAACCUGUUUCCUUGCUGCUUCGGCCGCGCUUGCCUCAUCCCCAAUCUCUCAUACGUCAGCGAGGCCGCAGCCUAUACCCUCGACUGCCAACUCCGCACUCAUAUGGUCCCGUACACAGAGGUUGUCAACCUAUCUUCAAAGUCCUUCCAUUACCCGUUCUGGGACCGCCGCAGCUUCUCCCGCAAGAAGAAGGCCCUGCCUGAGAAGGCCGGUAGCUUCCAAGUCUUUUUGACAGGCUUCAAGGACGCGAACAUUUUCCUGCGAGAACACCCAUGGCCCGACCAGUACUGGUCCGGCUUCCGCACAAAUGACCCCCACCGGAAGAGGAGAAGGCGGUGGGCCGAUAACUGUCGCCCUGGCGGCCGGCCCGCGCUCGACGACGUUGAGAGCGACGACGAGGGCGAACGCGGCGAGGUCCAGUUUGGCCCCGACAAUUUUGUCUGGACAGAUAACAUGAAGCAGUCUUUCCGGGAGGAGCUCGAGAAGCUCGUCAUCUUGGACUAUAUCAUGCGGAAUACGGACCGCGGUCUCGACAAUUGGAUGAUCAAGGUUGACUGGCAGACACAGCAGGUGUCUGUCGUCUCGGAACCUGUGCAGAUGAACAUGACCAACGCCCAGUCAGGAGAGGAGGCAGGCCCGCGGCCAGUAGACCUAAACACAAGGUCGAUGCCAGAGUCGCGUGCGAAAUACCCUUCGUACGAGACGCAACAGCCGAUGAAGGCGGCAAGUCCGCUUCCAAGGGGACGGGAGCCCAGGAUCACAGUUGGAGCCAUCGACAAUUCCUUGUCGUGGCCGUGGAAACACCCUGAUGCCUGGCGCAGCUUCCCUUUUGGCUGGUUAUUCCUCCCAGUAGAUCUAAUCGGCCGCCCCUUCUCUCAAAAAACGCGUGACCACUUCCUCCCCCUUCUGACCUCUACCCAGUGGUGGAGUGAGACAGCCCUUGCCCUACGUAAGGUAUUCCAAGUUGAUCCGGACUUCCAAGAAAAGAUGUUCGCCCGCCAGAUGGCCGUUAUGAAGGGCCAGGCCUGGAACGUCGUCGAGACGCUCAAGCUCGCCGAUCACGGGCCUCUUGAGCUGACCCGUCGCGCCAAGGUUUGCGUUUGGGACGACCUCGUCGACAUACCCGUGGCCUUCCCCAUGCGCAUGUCUUCCGAGCUGCGCCGUCGUGGGGAACACUCUUCCCUCGACGAGGGUGACAUUGGCGUUGCCGCCGCUUCAGCACCCGUUCAUGGUCCCGAUAGUGACGCCGAGGAUCUCCUCGGCUUCGCUAGCCCCCCAGCUGAUAUGCCGCAUCCCGGCCGGUUCGAGAUGCCGAUGUCGCCUGGCGCCGACGAUGCGCAAUCGCCGGUGGAGGACUCCCAUAUGAACGGAUCCGGGUACCUUGAUCAGCACUCUACGUCGACGCCCCAGCGGCCCAGGAUCUCCGUCCCGGGCUUCCGAGAGAUUUACCACGGCCCUUCGCGAUCGCUCAACGUGUACGCACCGCAGCGCCAGGGCCAGGGUCCAUACACAGGAUCUGGCCCGAAGCAGCAGCGCAGGUACUCCUUCGCGACAGCCGCCACGCGCCGCAGCAGCAGUAGCAUUGCGCAGCAACUGUACGGUGGCGGCAGCAGGGAAUACGAUCCCGAGUAUGACGGCGAUGACGUCGAGGGUGACCUUGGCUAUGCCGCAGCCGAGGGCAUGGAGGGCAACCAUCGCAAGGUCAUUGUGGAGCGGCUCGAGCCUGUCAAGGCACGGAAUCCUGUCUUUACCUGUUGGUAA